AUGGUAAUGUACACAAAAAUCAGCCGAGUUAUCUCAACGAUAUUGGAACGACAGCACGUGACGGCACCGUUAGCACGCCAAAUGUCAUUCUGGGAGAAGGAUCGCCGAGGAGGUUACCCCUCGACUUCAACCGAAAAACGAUCGGAGUUCUGGCACAUCCGCAAUGGCCUAAGUUUACUAGGAGACGAGCUCAGACUAUUCAAACGGGAAGUCAUCGAACGGUUUGAAAACGAUCCAGUGCUCUUAUAUCGAGAGAACGAGAUUGAUGUGGUCUGGCGUUUUGACGGGGAUGAAAAGUCACUUUCCAACUGGAUAGUAACUGCUGACAGUGACAAUGGAGAGGGAUAUUCGAAUUGUCGCCUGGAGUUAACGAAGUCUGGCCGAGGGUUGUUCUCUGGUCAUCUGGACACACGUCUGCCAAAGACCGGGGAUAUCAAAAGAGCAGGAUACUGUAACAUAAAAACAGUGCGUGCUCGUAAAUCCUUUAAGCGAGAAGCAAACUAUGACUGGAAUCCCUAUAAUCAUCUUGUAAUGCGAGUGAGAGGGGACGGGCGGUCCUAUCUCUUAAAUAUUUCAACAGCUGGUUACUUUGACCUGAUGUGGCACGAUGUGUAUCACUAUGUGCUCUAUACCAGGGGUGGGCCUUAUUGGCAGUAUGUUAAAAUCCCUUUCUCCAAAUUCUUCUUUGCCAGCAAGGGAAGGGUUCAGGACAAGCAGGAGCCCAUACCUCUGGACAGUAUUGUGAACUUCGGAAUCACUGCUGGUGAUAAGGUGACAGGUCCAUUCCACUUGGAAAUUGAUUAUAUUGGAGUGAUAUAUGACCCAAACCAUAAGGAGGAGUUUGCAUAUGAAAUGUACAGAACUGACAAAAACAUUGCCGCCCAUUGAAGUCCUCCAUAUAUAACAAUCGAUUGUAUCAAGCCAUAGUCUUCAGGGUGGAAUGUAAUAAUUCGACUAUGAGAAAUACUAGAUUUGAGAUUGUAUCCACAGCGUAGGUUCACAAAUAUUCGAGUAAAAUUAAUCCUAAUUAUAAAAAAACAAAUUUUACACGUA